UCAAGGUAGGAAAUAAGCAAAAAAUUACAAUUAUUUUUUCAACUUUGUAACAUGAUAUAUUUAAACCUAUUUAAGCAAUCUCAUUCAAAUAGGUAUCAUUUUUUUCGAAAUUUAAUAAGCUUUCCAACGCUAUAAGGGAAAAGUCUCUACGUUAAUUUCUCUCAGAGUUAUCUUUAUUUUCACGCGAGUAUGUUUUUCAAUGACUCGCGGUGUAAGCGUUCGCACAAUUUCGGACGGUAGUGUAUUUAUUUUCUUAAUACAGGUUUUCAGUAAAUCCGUUGCUCGUGGUUUACGUUAUUAUAAAACAUUAGAAGACAAAUUGAAGGAUAGUGAAUCUACUGCACAGUUUUGUGAAACUUUUGACCGAAUGUUUGAUGCACUAAAUCGAACAAGUUUCGAAACAGCAAUACGACCUAAUUGUAAUGACAUACGUGUAUUGGAAGACUCUCUUAUGUGGCUAAAUUCGUGGAAGGAAAGGGUUAACCAGGGUUUGAUUGCACCUGAAGAAUUUCUCACCAAUGACGCUGAUGUAGGAUUACGAAUGACUCUACGAUCUACUUUAGAUUUAAUAAAAUAUUUGAUUUAAGAAGAAAAAUUAGAAAUGGUUUUUACGGGCAGAAUUAAUCAGGAUUCUUUGGAGGUAUUUUGGCGCGAUACUUUCUAAGUCUGAAGUGAAAAAUUAACUGAUUUUAUUAAUUUCACAAAAACUCACGAAGAGGUAGUGAUCAAUAAUUGAAAUCGAAAAAUUUUUCACUGAUCAGAUUAAGGAGUUUAUACAGAGCGCGCAAGCAGGCGAAAAAAGUGCGGCGUAUAAUAAUAAUAAUUGUGGUGAUGGUGGUGGCAGUGCGGUAGUAGUACUUAAUAAUUUAAUAGUUGCGAAUUGUUUAUAAAUUAAUUAUAAUGUAAUUAUAUUUUAUU